AUGGCCGCUGUCGACCCGACAUAUCCGCUCUACCCAGUCGCCUGCGUCCUGGCGUCAACGAUGCUUCUCCUCGUUCUCCUCACCAGUAUAAUCCGCCAAAGCUGGAACUUGGGUCUCGCCAUCCUGUGCUUUUGGCUCUUCGUGGAGAACCUGACAGGUGCCAUCAACGCUAUCAUCUGGUCCGAUAACGCCGACAUCAAGUUGUACGUAUACUGCGACAUUGUCUCCCAUGUACAACUUAUAGCCUCAGUCGUCAAGCCAAUGGCGACACUUAUCAUCACUCGCCGACUGUACCUGGUGCUCAGUCUGCAGUCGGUAGACCUUCCCGAUAAAGCUGCGACACGCAGGAACCUGGUGAUAGAGUGGACCCUCGGCCUCGUGAUCCCUCUUCUAGUCGCAGGUCCCUUCUACUACAUAGUCCAAUGGCCUCGGUUUGUGGUAUUCGAGGGCUUUGGAUGCAGCAACGCCACCGACGGCUCGAUACUCAGCUUUCUACUCAUCUUCUCCUUCAAGGUCAUCGCUCCCUUGAUAUCCACCCUCUUCUAUCUACCACACAUCGCCAGGAUCUUCUAUCGCCAAAGCCGGGACAUGGAUCUUUUCAACCACAGUAACGACUCCUCGGUCUCCCGCACAAUCUACUACCGCAUCCUCGCCCUAGCGAGCGUCGACAUCCUGCUCACCCUACCCAUCGGGGUCGUCAGCAUCGCCUUGAACACGGCCAUCUCAUUAUCCUCCGGCCCUGUCCCGUUCUACCCCGGCUGGACCUACGACCACACGGACUGGGAACCAGUGGCCUUCACCUACGCGGACUUGCUGGCGCAAGGAACAUCGACGAUGGCACAGAACUACUUCAUACAGUGGACUUCGCCCGUUCUAGCGUUCGUGGUAUUCGGCCUUUUCGGGGUCACAGCUGAGGCACGCGCGUCGUAUUGGCGCAUUGUCUGCGCUGUAGGCGGAUGGUUCGGUUGGAAGCCGACGCCGAGGCGCAGAACGCGUUCGACUCUGGGAGAAAUUGAGUUUGGCGAACGAUUGCCUCAGGAUGUAACGCUAUCCGUCCUUGGGAGCAUGAGUCUGCCGUCCUCGAAGCCGGACUUGGGAUGGAAGCCCAGUUCGCCCUCGAGUAGUCUUUACCGCGUUGCAGGCGCGCAGGAGCCUAAUGUAGGAGCGAAUGAGGCGGAGACACACUCUAGGAAAGAUGUGCUGGAGGGCACCGAUGACCUGUUGUCCCAAGAGUAUCUGUCGAGUCAACGUCCGAAUGAAGCGGUCUGA